GCAAGAAAAUAUAAACUAGAGUGGAAUUGAGAACAUGGCGCCUGCUUCUGUAGAUCAUGACCAAAAGGCAGAGGAGCUACGGAAGGCUACUACCUUCCACCCAAGCCUGUGGGGUGAUUUCUUCCUGACAUACCAGCCACCAACUGCGCCUCAGCACGAAUACAUGAAAGAAAGAGCUGUGGUGCUAAGAGAAGAUGUUAGGAAGAUAGUGAAUGGCUCAACUGAUUUACGGGAAACAAUGGAUCUUAUAAUCACAUUGCAACGACUUGGACUAGAUUACUACUACGAGAAUGAGAUAGACAAGUUACUGCAAGAUAUUCACAACUUAGAUUACAAUGAUAAGGAUCUAAACUUAGUUUCACUGCGGUUUUACCUUCUAAGAAAGAACAAUUACGAUGUGUCAUCAGAUGUAUUCCUAAAUUUUAAAAUACAAGAUGGGAACUUUGCCAUUGCUGACACAAGAAGUUUGUUAAGCUUAUAUAAUGCAGCAUAUUUGAGGAGACAUGGAGAUAAGGUACUGGAUGAAGCAAUCUCUUUCACUAGAUGUUGCCUUCAAGAUAUAGUUGAACAUUCAGAAUCACCAUUCGCAAAGGAGGUGUCUUCUUCUCUUCACACACCUCUUUUUCGAAGGGUUGGAAUAUUAGAAGCAAGAAAUUACAUACCCAUUUAUGAAAAAGAGGCUACACGAAACGAAGCCAUAUUGGAGUAUGCAAAAUUGAAUUUUUACCUUCAACAACUUGUUUUCUGCGAAGAGUUAAAGCAUUGCACAAUGUGGUGGAAGGAAUUCCUUGUCAAAUCAAAGAUGACUUUUGUUAGAGAUAGAAUAGUAGAGGUAUAUUUCUGGAUGAAUGGGGCAUGCUAUGAUCCUCCAUAUUCUCACUCUCGAAUUAUACUUACCAAGAUCACGUCUCUUGUUACAAUACUUGAUGAUAUGUUUGACACAUAUGGUACCACUGAGGAGUGCAUAAAAUUUGCUGAAGCAAUUAACAGGUGGAAUGAAAGUGCAGUACCUCUCCUUCCAGAGUACAUGAAGGGUUUCUACUUAUUUCUGUUGGAGACAUUUUAUUCAUUUGAGGAUGAGUUAGGACCAGAGAAGAGCUACCGUGUGCUUUACCUAAAAGAGGCGAUGAAGCGUUUAGUUCAGCAGUACUCCAAGGAAGUAGAAUGGCGUGAUGAAGAUUAUGUGCCAGAAACAAUGUGUGAACACCUUCAAGUUUCAAUGGAAAGCAUUGGAUCCGUCGCUCUAGCCUGUGCUGCAUAUGUUGGAAUGGGUGAUGUAAUAACAAAGGGGACCCUCGAGUGGGUUUUGAGCUAUCCUCAGUUCCUCACGUCUUUUGGUGUUUUUGUUCGGCUCUCCAAUGAUCUUGUAUCAACGAAGCGUGAGCAAACAGCAGACCACAGUGCCUCCACUGUCCACUGUUACAUGAAGGAGCAUGGGACAACAAUGAAUGAUGCAUGUGAAAAGAUAAAAGAACUUACUGAAGAUUUAUGGAAGGAUAUGUUAGAACAAUGCCUUGCACUGAAAGGACUACCAAAGGUCGUGCCACGAACAGUGUUUGACUUUUCAAGAACUACAGAUAAUAUGUACAAGAAUUGUGAUGCAUUCACUUCUUCACAAGCACUCAAACAAAUGAUAGAACUGCUCUUUGUGGAGCCAAUACCGGAAUGAAGCUUGCCAAGUGGAGGUAGAGCCAUAAAAGUAGUUAUGAGGUAUAUUGUGAUUUUGGAAUAACCAGAGUCUCGAUGAAAUAAUAAGUAUUGUCAUCAGCUCUAAUAAAUGUAUCGUGCUCUCACAAUCCCGCUCAUGUAUGUAACCGCAGUGCUAGUGGUAAUGCCAAUUUGCUGCUGAGAAAUAAAAAUAUGUACUCCCUCCUUCCCCGUUUAUAAGG